AUGUCUCUCGGAGCUGGUGACCAUCGGGCGGAACGGGUUCUGCAAGCCCCGCAACCUUUCAAACCUUCCUCCCAUCGAGCAGCUGAGCGGCCGCGAAAAUUGGCCCACGUGGAAGUUUGCGGUGGAAACGUAUCUGGACCUGGAGGAGCUGUGGGAAGCAGUCAGGCCGAUCCCGACGCGGAUGGGACGCUACCGGCGGUCAACGAGCGGAAAUGCAGAAGAGCACGUGCGAAGAUUAUUCUCCUGUUGGAUCCCAUCGUGCUUCCAUCCUGUUGGAUGCACGUGAAGGACGCGAAAACGGCCCGUGAGGUUUGGGCGAAGCUUGAGGCAGCGUUCGAAGACACCGGCCUGACGCGCCGGGUGACGUUACUCAGGAAGCUCAUCACUGAAGGUGACGUGACAAUUACGGCGCUCCCACCGCGACAAUCUUCAUAUCCACCGGAGUCAAAGGUGUUAAGGCGCAGCGGUCGGGAGCGCGCAAUUCUAAGCAAGUACAAAGAUUAUGUAUUUCCGAGCAAAGGCCAUCCGUUUCCCCCUCCUACAGGACAGUCUGACCAAGCCGGUCGGAGCGGUCUGCAACGAGGACUGCAGGCCAGCAAACAUUCGGCAAGGAAGUCGGGUGAUCGUCAAACGCGAACGGAGGCGCUGCGGAUCGGCGACGCGUCUCGAUGGCAAUCCGCCAUGGACGAGGAGUUUCGAGCGCUGAUCGACAACGACAGGUGGGAGUUGGUGCAGCUUCCAGCUGACAAGAAGGCUGUCGGCUGCAAAUGGCUCUUCAAGACCAAGCAGGACGAGAACGGCAACGUAGUACGUCACAAAGCGAGGAUCGUCGCUCAAGGCUUUUCGCAACGCUACGGGACGGACUACGACGAGGUCUUCGCACCGUCGCACUGGUGGCAAAGCAGACGACGUUUCGAACACUGCUGA